CUCACACACAACCCCUCGACAACACAAUGUACGGACCAUCCAAGCUUGCCACUCUUUUGGGAUUAAUUGCCGUUGCCGCUGCUGCCGUUGUGCCUCUGGAUCCCGUUGCCGCCGUUGCUCCUCUGGAUGUCGUUGCCGCCGAUGCUCCCUUGAAUGUUGUGACUAAGCCUAACGAUGGAAACAUGACAGCACUUCUCUGCAAUCUUCAUUACGAAGUGUAUGAGGAAGAUGGCUGCGGCGGCGAUUCUUCAACGGGCAUGUGUAAUGGCGAACUUGGCAACUGUAAAAAUCUCAAGGGAAUGGGUUCCAAGUCUAUCACUGUCGGGAACAAUCUGUACAGCCCAACUAUCACAGUUAUUGGCUAUAGCAAAUAUGAUUGUGUUGGAGAGGUUCAGAGAAUUACACUCUCCCAAGGCACGGCCUCGUGUUUGCGAUACGGUCCUUCCUUCCACAGCAUUAAAGCUCAACGUUAGCCUUCUUUCUCCACGGUUUCUGGCCCAAGUCGAUUUUUUCUGUUUUUUUUUUUUUUAGCGAGG